GGUACUGGUUCUGGAUCAAUCCAGCUUCUUUCAGGAGCCCCCGUCGGGACCGGUUGCUGGUUUCUCCCUCAGGACCUGGCAACCCGUCUGUAGCUCCUCCUGCAGGAAAUCUCUCUGCAGACCCACGGACACGCAGGGAUGCGGUCGCUGCUUUAUCCACCGCUGGAACAAUAAAUGAGGAUAAUCAGUCGAUGUGAGGAAGAUAAUCUGAGAAUCAUGGAGGGAAGAAGUGACGGUUCUGCAGAACUAGUGUCCAGUUUGCCUCAGAGGAGGAAGAAACGUCCUGGGAGGAAACGGAAAGUGACGGCCAGCCAGAUCCUGCAGGCAGCUCCAGGUUCUGCUCAGAAAAUCCCAGAACCAGAGGCUGCAAACGCCGCGGAUCAAAGGGCUGAGGGGUCGGAUCUGAAGGACGGCAGCAUCAUUAGCCCAGACCGGGUUUCCCCCCCUGAUGAACCCCUCGCUCCAUCAGAAGGAGACUCUUUAUGUCCUGAAGCUCCAAACUCGAGCUGUGGAGAUCCAGAUCUCCUGGAUCAUCCUGGAGGAGAAUCUCCUCCCUGCAAACACCGGACGGAUUUCCAUCCUGCGCAGAAAAGAGAUGAGCUUCUGCCUCCGAACGACCAAACAGACGCUGAAGGACGAGCGCCAGCAGGACCAGGAGGGCACAGCGAGAGGAGAAUCUACCACUCAGUCCUCCAUCAGCUGCUGCAGCAGCAGAAACACAGACCCGGCAGGAAGCACAAGAAGAAGACCCUCAUGAAGAUGGCCCAGCUGUUAGUGAUCGCCAAAGGCUGGGACCGCAGGGAGGACCAGAGCUUAAGCCUGGAAGAGCAGACAAACCUGAAGGAAGAGCUUUUUACAUCCAGGAGCAGGAAACCGGCUCCUGCCGCCGGUCCGAGUGAAGCUGAGCCCGCAAACCUGGAAUCCUCCCAGAUUCGUACCCAAACAUCCGAUCCAGCGCCAGACGAACAGAAGGAGUCCAGAGAAACCGGCUCAGAGUCCGUCAGAGAAGAAAGCUGGAUCCCCCCCGAGAGCCGAAAACAAGGAGCAAAAGCAGGCGUUAAACGCAGGAGAAAGGCAGCUAAAGCUAACGCUGGUGGGAGGAAGAAAGACCCUCCAGAGGAGAACUCUGGAGGAUUCCUGGGAUGUUUUACUCUUGAGAACAAAGAGGAAGGAGCACCGAUGGACCCGACAGCGGGCAAAGAGUCUGAGCUCAGGAUCAAGAAGAAACCCGGUCGGAAAAAGAGGAUCAGGAAGAUGGCCGAACCGAGCGAAACAGAGAGUCUGUCAGUUUCACCUGGAGGAAAACGGAGGAGGAAACAGGAUCUCCAGCCUGCCGCUGAGGCCGCCGCUCCGUCAGACGCAGGUUUGUCCGAGUUCAUGUCCUCCCAGAGCGGAAGUCCAGGCUCCGCACAGCAAAGUCUUCCCCAGGAGAUGACGGAGAAACCAGGGAAGGCCAGAAAUCCUGCAGCCGAGCAGCUCCCAACAGGAGGCGAUCCUCUGCAGCAGCAAAACCAAACCAGCGUGGAAGAAAAGCUUUUACCGCCGCACGUGCUUCCCAAAUCCGGCCACAGAAAACCAGCAAGACGCGGACCGAAAGCAAGAAAACCUCCACGCACGGCGUCCAUUUUGGAUCCGUCUGCUGAAACGUCAAUCAUCCAGGAUGAGUCUGGAAGGAAACCCGACGUGCGACUAAAGAGAGCGGCUCCGAGAGGAAAACGCACCAAAGGUUUCCGUGUUAAAGAGGAGACCAAAGACUGGAGUCUGAUGUGCGACACAUCCAGUCAGAAAGGAGACGAAGAGACGAUCCAGAGCUGGAAAAAGCCCAAAGGUCGAGGGCGGAGGAAAAAAACAACGGAGCAAACUUUAAACUUCUUCAUUAAGACCGAACCAGCCUGGGAUUCUCCAGUAAAACAGACGGAUUCUCCUCCGAUGGACAUAAAGUCGGCAAAAUCUUCCCCUGAUAACCAGUCCAAGAGGAAACCCCGGAAAAGGAAAGACACAGAAGACGAUGACGCUUCACACGGUGCCGGGAUGACCGCCGCAGGAUCAGCCGGUGAUGGAGCAGGAGGAAAUCUGGAGAUUCUCCUGUCGCCGGUCUGCGGAUCAUCGGAAAAAAGCGGGAGCAGAAAGACGGAAAAUCCAGAUCCGAACAAGUCGGGCGAAGACUUGAAAUACAGGAAAACCAGGAGAUCCUGCACCAUGGGGAACAAAACCAGCUCAGCAGCCGAGGAAUGGUUGAUUAGAUACCUAAAAGGCUCCAGAAGGAGAGCUAGCUCUAAGGGAAGUAACAGGAUGGCAGAAGUUAGUCUGGACGGUGCAGACGAGCAGCAGCCGACGUCUGAAAACGGGACAGAAGUCAAGAAAAAGAGAGGUCGGAAGAAAAGUGUGUCUCCUGUGAAACGACAAAAGGUAAAAAUGAAGCAAGAACCGGCGUCGCAGUUUGAUGAAGGAGAUCCUCCUGCUUCCACUUUAGCUCCGGACCGACAGCAAGAAACGACGAAGAGGAGGAGGAAGAGAAAAGGCCAGAAACCAGAAGCUGGAACAACCUCAGGAGGUCAAGUGGCUUCAGAAAGCUCAGGAUCACAGGUGGGAAGACGAGGACGAAGAACGACGACGCAGACCGAAGACCCAACGUCCAUAAAAAGAAGAAGAGGACCAAAAAGGAGGCGGAUUUUAAAGACAAACUCAGAACCCAAAAUCCUGGAGUCUGGUGAGAAUCGUCCACAUGAAGGAGACGCAGGAGCUCCUGAGGACAGGAGAGCCUCAGACUUCACCUGCAGAAAUGUUCUCACAGGAGAGGAGGAAGACGGAGCGGCGUUCCCGGGUAGCAACGGCACGGAGGAUUCAGGAGGUCCGACCGGAGAUCUGCUGCAGAUCGAAGCAACGCCGCAUCCUAACGAGGAUUUCCUGGGAGCCGAGGCCAAGGCGGGGACCUCCAGAAGGAAACCGGGACGGAGGAGGAGGCGGACGCUGAAGAGAAACAUAACGGCAGGACCUAAAGUCCUGGAAUCCGACCCGGAACGUCCGCAGGUUUGGGGCGUAGCUGCCCCGAAGGUGUCAAACGUGAGGCGUGGAAGAAAGAGAAACGUUUUCACAAUAAAGAAGGAAGAAGCAGAAUCCUGUUUUAUGAGUACCGGAGCUGAUGAGGAGCCUGAGAGGGAGACAUCCGAGUCGAUGUCCUCAUUUCAGGACCAAAGCAGCACGGCAGAAUCAGGAGUUAAACCCGGAGCAGGUCCAGAAAGCCGAGGAGGGAUGAACCUGCUCCGGAUGGAGGGAGUAGCCUCCGAUGGCAAAGAUGAAGUUUUCUCCAAGGUUAGGGCCACAAAAAGGCGACGAGAAAGGAGAGGAACGUGUAAGACGGACUCAGCAGGACGUGAAGGCCUGGAGUCCAACGAUUCGUCACAAGAACGCGGUGCAGGAGCUCCUGAGGAAGGAAAAACACGCAAAGCUUUCAGCAUCGGGCGCACUAUGACGACGCACGCUUUUACAAUCAAGAUGGAGGACAGCACGUCCUGCUUCGUGGACAUGGAGGACAUCAGGAAGGAGCCUGGGAGCCAGAAAUGGUUUCAGGAAUGGGUUUCAUCCGCUGCUCCCAGGAAGACGGCACGGAAACGACGGCGGAGGAGUAAGACGCACUGGACCGGCAACAAAAGAGCCAAGAAAGCUCCGAUCCUCCGCUCAUUCUCCAGCUCCUGCCACGAAACCUUCAACGUCCAAGUUGGAAAUCAGGAAAAUCAGGCGCCUGCUCCGUCCGGGCAUGAACUUCCCCAGAAGAAGAAGAAGGAGGAGAAAAAGCCGCGGUGCUCCUUCUGUUUGCGCUCCUUCCGUCACAUCUCGGCGUUGACGCUCCACAAACGUCUUCACACGGGCGUGAAACCGUACCGAUGCGCCGCCUGCGCCAAGAGCUUCUCCAGGCUCGCCCAGCUCAAGCUGCAUUCAAAGCUCCACCGCAGACCUCCGGCUGCCCACUGCCCCUGCUGCCAGGAGACGUUCGAGGACAAAAGCCAACUCCUCCGUCACCUGAAGGUCCACCUUACUGAGGUGGAGAGCCUGCAGGCAGAACCGGGCAGGGACAGACAGUCCCGCUCCUCUGCCAGCCGGGGGGAAACCUUCAGGUGUCCGCUUUGCUCCAAGGACUUCACCAGGAAGGUGACGUUUGAGAAGCACCGACGGAUUCACCGCAGGAAGCCCCCCGGCUGCAGGACAACGUCCCGACACCCGAGCGACAUCCCUGGAUUCCUGCUGUCCCAGGAGGGCGGCGCAGCGGUCGCCACCCCGCUGUGGUUUAAAUGUCCGAUCUGCAAGCAGCUCCAUCGGCACUGGUGCCACUACGUCCUGCACCUGCAGUCCCACGCCUCCGGGCGAGCUCACCGCUGUGACGCAUGCAGGCAGGACUACAGCGGCGCGGCGGGGGCGACGCGGCACUGCUCGGCUUGCUGCACCGCCAGCGGCGAGGAGGAGGCGUGUGGAGGUUCCCUGGAGGACAUCUGGACGGUGAGGGGAGCCUCAGGGGGGAAAGACCCGCAGAGUUCAGGUCCAGAAGCAGAAGAGAACAUCUCAGCGUUCCCCGAACAAGAAUGCCACGUGAUGGAGGUUGUUCCUCCAGCCGCAUCGGGCGCCUCAAGCCCGUCUGUAACUGAAGACUUUGACCUCGAUGCCGACCCGGCUCCGAACUCUGCGCCGGACUCGCCGUGCGCCCAGGUCUCCCCGGUUGGCCCUGAGCGCCUCAGACUGGGCGGGGCGUCCUGGGGCGGACGCUUUGGAGGAGCGUUCCCCCGCUGGAGCAGACGCCGGCGGCCCAGCCCAGCUUUCCGCUGCCGCCGCUGUGAGCUGGAGUUUCGCUUCCUGGGCGCGUACACGGAUCACCUGCGGGAACACGCGGCCCAGACGCCGUCCGCCUGUCCGUCCUGUCCGUCCUGUCCCGGCACCUCCUCAGAGGAGGCUCAGCUGAGGUCCCACGUCUCCUCCUGCUGCCGCACGCCGCCCCACAGCCUGAAAUGCAGCGCCUGCGGGAAACUCUUCUCCACUCCCAGGAAUCUGCGGAAACACAAGCUGCUCCACAGAGGAGCGCGCUCCCACGUCUGCCUGCCGUGCAGCCGCUCCUUUUCCUGCCGCUCCGCCUUAAAGGAGCACCUAGAGGCGCAUCGGAGACGCCCGAGCGCGCCGCAGCCCGCGCCCGUGGACGAGCCCUUCCUGUUCCCGUACCCCUGCAGGAAAUGCUCCGCCAGCUUCUCCAGCGCAGACCUGCUGCAGGCGCACCAGGUCUGCCACUUCGUCGCAGGGAGAAAGCCGGACAGUCCUCCGGAGAGCAUCCUGUCCUUCAUCCCCAGCACCCAGAGGGUCCCCGUCCCUCCAUCCUGGGCCAGACGGCGGCUACAGGUGAGCAGCAGGAAGGACCUGUUCAGGUAUCCUGACCCGGACCGCCUGUACGUCCUCCCCGACGUCUCCUCCCAGCCGCCCGCCGUCGCUUCGGACACGCCGGAGGAAACGGAGGCGUCUCCUGGCAGGAAGCCGGCCUCGGCUGAGCUUCAGCUCCAGCUCCUGGUCAGAUCUCUGGUCCCUGAGAGGCGUCUGAGCGACAGCAGCGACUCUGAGGGCGAAGCCACGCCGCGCCGGGGAAGCUGCGCGCACCGCUGCGUGAUCUGCACAGAACGCUUCGCAGACGUCACCACUCUGCACGAGCAUUACAGGAACCACGCCCGCGGGGUGUGACGGACCGGAACCGGCUCCUGCCAGCGGUCAGAGGACAUCCAGAACUUAUACUUUCUGAUCUCAGAAGAGGAGAAACGUCCUGAUGUGCUGCCAGGAAGCAGCUCAUCGGUUAAUUUAAGGCUAAUUAAAAACCUAAAGUUGCUUUUUUUAACGCUGAGAGCUUAAAGGCUCGUGUUCUUCUGCUCAGUCACAGUUUGUGUCUCAGUGAAAAACUUCAUAUUUUUACAUCACUGCAUUUUAUUUAUUGGGUUCUACUUUGUGCUUUUAUGCAUUUUAGAUACUUUUUAAAAGGUAUACUUGUGUAUAUUAUAACAUUUAAUAUUUUCACAGCAAACAGGCUUAAAUCAGAGGCAGCAGGACUUUCUCUCAGUUCUUCCUGAAGACGUUUCCUCACCUGUCCAGGUGUCUUUAUCAGUUCUGGAGGCUCUGAUCUACCUGCAGGUGGAGCGCUGCUGUUUCUGAGCACAUGGAGGUCCGUCCUCCCAGAACCAGUCCAGGUCAGAACCAGUGAGCCACCAUCACUGUCCUGGUGGUUAGAAGCUGCUGCUUGGUGUGAG